GUCACCAUCUUCCUCAAGUAAUACAAUCUCCCAAGGAGCAAUAGCCUCCCUUACAGUGGACGUAACCCUAGUCCUUCGGCUAAGACGAACCAUAAAAGCAUUGGGGUGGCAUAUACUGCUGAUUUCAUGCAGAUUUAUCGAAGCCGAGAAGUAGGGCAAUCAUAUUUUACCUCUGUUGGAACGACCUUAAUUGCAAUAGCACAUGCCUUGUGGCUAAUGAUUAGAAUUCGACCACAAGUGAUUCUGUGCAAUGGCCCCGGUACUUGUAUACCUCUAUGUGCAAUUGCAUUCGUUUUCAAGGUCUUGGGGAUUAGAUGGUCAUCUAUUUUCUAUGUUGAGAGUAUAGCAAGAGUCAGAAGGCUAUCUUUAAGUGGUUUGCUUCUUUACAAGUUAUGCAUGGCUGAUCAAUUAUUCGUGCAAUGGCCACAACUACAGAAGAAAUAUCCUCGAGCUCACUAUGUGGGUUGUCUCAUGUAGUUGAUACAGUUCUACAUUUCCAUGAGUACUCAUGUCAAAAAUCCCAGUUUUGCAAUCUUACCUGCAUCUGAUGCCUACUUUUCUGAAUGGCUGUUGCUUUCUUGACUGAAGAAGUGUAGUUGUCUCGUAGACCCCAUCUCUUCGGAAGGGGGAAAUUGAUGAAUGCUGCAAAGUUAUUGACAAAUACGAAUUGUUACAAAUUUGAGUUUACGUAAAUUUAAGGUUUCAUUAGCAUCUGCAGGUCAGUUUCAUGCAACAAAAAUUGUAUUGUAAUUGCACCAAGAGGUUUGUUCACAAUCUUUGUCCACUCAAUUACACUACGUGUUGCUUUGGACUAUGGAGUCCAUUUCUGUUUUCCCAACAUACGUAAUUUUCC